GGCAAAGUGUGAAAUAACUUUGACAUCGACAAAGCAAAGUUUGCGGAUUAGGCAGAGUGAGACUACAAACGCGCGGAAUAUCGUCGUGCUUGCUUUGUGCUGACGCAGAUACUUUGUGAGAGGUCCUGAGGGAAGGUAAACCUUUGUUGAGCGUUUUCUGGGCUGUGACAGUGGUGAUCGUAUGCGUUACCGAACCGAUACCGGGAUUUCCAACGGCGUUGGGCUAGCGCCUUCAAACCGGCGUCCGGUGGGAAGCGAUUGACACUUUGCAUCGUAUCUCCGUUUGAUUGCUGUCACGAAGAAGGCAAGGGCGACCAUGCUGGCGGUAACAUCGCUGCUGGUGGCGCUGCUGUCGCUGUCGUCCGCGCAGUACGCUGGCUACAUGGACAACAGGAUCGACAGCGUGCCAAUUCACCACCAGCAGCCGACUCACCUGAUCGUGGCCUCCCGGUUGGUGCGGCCGGGUCAGACGUACCGAGUGGUGGUGACGCUCCUGCUGCCAAUGCCGGAGCCCGUCACUGUGGUCGCAUCGAUCCAACGCAAUGGCGUCGAUGUCACGCACAACAGCCGGGAAUGCCGGGCUCCCAUCCCGGAGGAGAUCCUUCUCAAGGUUCCUACGACCAGUGUAUCGGGCAGCUACCGACUCAAGGUCGAGGGAAACAUCAAUGGCGUCCUUGGUGGCACUGCCUUUUCAUACGAGACUCCACUCGAAUUCUCACAGCGCUCAAUGACCAUAUUUAUUCAGACAGACCGACCGCUUUACAUGCAAGGCCAGACGGUCCAUUUUCGUGCACUGCCAGUCACAACAGAGCUCAAGGCAUUCUCAGAUGCCGUUGAUGUUUACAUGCUGAACCCAAACCGGACAAUUGUUCGGCGUUGGCUUUCCAGGCGAACAAAUCUAGGUGCUGUGAGCUUAGAGUACCCUUUGUCUCCUCAACCUGACUAUGGAAAAUGGACAAUCCAGGUCAUUGCUCAGGGCCAAGUUGAAGAGAAGACAUUUGUUGUAGAAGAGUACUAUCAAACAAGAUUUGAAGUCAAUGUCACACUGCCCACAUUCUUCAUGGCCACGCAAGAGUACAUUUACGGCACUGUCGUCGCCAAUUUCACAAGUGGGGCUGCAGUCCCUGGAAACCUGACACUACGCGCAACUGUUGAGCCAAUAAAUCCAACUUACCAGAUUCACCGCAGUUCAUCUAGGUACAUUGAAAAGGUUUACCGUUAUUUUGAAGGAGUCCAGGACUUUGCGUUUUCUCUGCGCGAGCUGAGCCGCUUGGUCUCGCGCCUUGAUGGAAUGAAGGUGGUGGUGACCGCCCUGGUCGGGGAACGAUUCCUGGACCUCAUUGAAACGGGCUUCUCAGAGUCCCUAGUGUUCAACUCGAGCCUGCAGCUGCGUUUCUUGGGCUCGUCUCCACAAGUGUUUCGCCCUGGCAUGCCCUUCAAGGCCUAUAUAAGCGUGUCGUACAGUGACGGCUCGUCCCUGCCAGCUGAGUAUUUCCGCAACAAGCGUGUAGAAGAGAUGCUGCGCAUUACGCCCUCAGUUACAUACGUGAGCGGCGGAGCAGGUGCCGGCCACCUCCCAGAACCAGUGGCCUCAGCCGUGCCGGGCUCACCUGGUAUCUGGGAGAUAAUGCUUGAGUCAACACCUGUUCUCAGUGAUCCCACAGUUAUCAACGCAGUGCGAGCUAUUCGCAUCGAGGCCGAGUUUUAUGAUUCAAGCUAUGGUCAUGUUCGGACAAGCCUUGUGGCCUACUCAUCCUACUCACCCACAAACCAUCACUUGCAAAUCACCACUAGCACCAAGUUUCCAAAGGUUGGAGAAUACAUUAUUUUCCAUGUUCGGUCCAACUAUUACGUCGAAUGGUUUUCGUACCUGAUCAUUUCAAAGGGCAUCAUCUUGCUGUCUGGUCAAGAAAAAAUGACUUCAAGCAUCAAGGCCUUUGCAGUAACCCUAUCCCCUGAGAUGGCACCUACAGCUACCAUUGUCAUCUAUGACUUGGCGAGAGGCAGCGAAGUUGUUGCUGAAAGCCUGACUUUUCCUGUUGAUGGCAUAUCCAGAGACAGGUUCAACAUGACCCUCAACAACCGAAAGGACAAAACAGGACACACUAUUGAAGUAGCCAUCUAUGGAGACCCAGGAACAUACGUGGCACUGUCUGCUGUUGACCGCACUCUCUACAACAUGCAAGCAGGCACCGAGAUCAGUUAUUCUGAGGUGCUAAGGAAGAUGAACUCGUUUGACAAUGUGAUAAAUGGCACACUAACUCAGGAGUGGUUUUCGAGAGACGGUAAUAGCUACAGCUAUGUGUGCUUCCCAUCAUCCACAUAUGGGCUGGACUCAAACAGGACAUUUGAGUUUGCAGGAUUGCUGGUCUUCAGCGAUUCUAAUGUCACCCGCAUGAGAGAUGACUGCAAUAUAUCAGCAGGUUAUGGCACAUGUUAUGAUGGUGCUUGCUACCGCCUUGACCGGCAGUGUGAUGGCUACUUCGAUUGUGAAGAUGGCUCUGAUGAAGCGAGAUGUGACAAUAAACAGCGGUUUAGCAUUAGCAAGUUUGAAAUGUAUCGAACAAACAGAUACCAACGACUGUAUUCAAAUGCAUGGCUCUGGAAGGACAUCAAUAUUGGGCCUUUGGGCUAUUACAUCUUCAACAUACCUGUGCCAGACGUGCCAACAGAGUGGGUGAUCAGUGCAUUUGGAAUGGAUGAGUCCAGUGGCUUUGGCAUUUUGUCCAACAGCAUCGAAUUUUCUAGUGCAAAGCCAUUUUACAUGAAUGUGGAAAUGCCAACAAAGAUCCGCCUUGGAGAACAGCUAGGUAUACGUGUUACCGUCUUCAACUACAGACUCUACGAAACGGAGGUGCUUAUCACGCUGGCUAGCUCUCCAGACUACAGAUUCGUCGUGGUUGGACCCUUGGGGCGAGUGAACUCCUAUGCACCAGAAACCUCUUCAGGGGAACACCAGCACUUGAUUUUCAUCAAGCCUGGAAAAUCUGCUGUUGUAUACAUGCCUAUAGUACCCGUGCGCACUGGGACAAUUGAAGUCACUAUUCUUGCCAAGACUCAGAUUGCAAAGGACAUGGUGACACGUUGUCUUCUUGUGGAGCCUGAUGGAAUUCCUCAACAUCGGCACACUUCCUUAAUUCUGGAUUUAACUCAGGGAGCAUAUUUAAUCAAGUACCUGGACACAAACAUCACUGAAACACCCAUAUUGCCCUUUCGACAGGAUCGCUUGUAUGUGUUCGGCAGUAACAGAGCCACCUUGUCUGUAGUUGGUGAUGUUGUUGGACCAGCAUUUCCCACAAUGCCUGUCAAUGCCAGCAGCUUGCUGUCAAAGCCUUUCUACUGUGGUGAACAGAACAUGUUCAGCUUUGCUGCAAAUCUGUAUACGUUGCUGUACCUUCGAUUAACAAACCAACGUGAUAUGCAUCUGGAGAGGCAGGCAUUCAAGUAUUUGAAUCUCGGAUACCAGAGGCAGCUAACCUAUCAGAAUGAUGAUGGAAGCUUCCAGGUGUUUCGUUGGCAUAGCCAACCAAGUGUUUGGCUGACAGCGUUUUGUGCUCGAGUAUUCCACAAGGCAACAUUUCAAGAAUGGGAACAGUUUUUGUACAUCGACCCGUCCGUCAUUCAAAAGGCCAUUGCCUGGCUUCUGGACAGGCAGUCACCUGAGGGUUCCUUUCAUGAGACAUCGUUCUAUGCAUAUGAUCGCAAAAUGUCUCUCCUGUCCGAGAGGCCAGAAGACACUGUACGAUUUCGCAACGUGUCUCUAACCGCCCACGUGCUCAUCACAUUGGCUGAAGUUAGGGAUAUCAGAGGUGAGAUCGGAACGCGUGCAGCCACAGCUCGGGGCGCUGCAGCCCGGUACCUGGAGCGCAUGCUGCACCUCAUCCAGAAGUUGGAGGACCCCUACGAAUUAGCCAUUGUAGCAUAUGCGCUCACUUUGGUCAACAGUGCUGAUGGGGAAAUGGCCUUCAACCUCCUCGAUGAAAAGAUGAGGGAGACAAGUGGCAUGAGGUACUGGUCCCGCACCGAACUGCCUGCACCUUCAGUGAUGAUUGAAAACAAUAAGCCAUACCUGCACCCUCGACUUCCCUACAUUUAUGAUGCAUCUAAUAUCGAGACCACAGCCUAUGGUCUGCUGGUACAUGUGGCACGGCAAGCAGUUGUUCAGAAAGAGAUUGUAGAGUGGCUGAACACACAGCGUCUCUCAUAUGGCGGUUGGGCCUCAACUCAGCAUCCUUCAUCCUGGAUCCGGCUCGAGAGCGGCGAGUAUCCUUUAACAUCAUGA